UAUUUGGGAUACGUUAAAAGCAAUGAAGACAAAUACGUAUGUGAACCAAUAUGCAACAUUCCAUGUAACAAUGGUAAUUGCACCGCACCAAAUACCUGCACUUGUUUAAAUGGUUAUUCCAAAAAUAACAUCAAUGCCACAGAAUGUACACCAGUUUGUACUCAAACCUGUAUCAACGGAAAAUGCACCAAUCCUGUCACUUGCAAUGAGGGAUAUCAACCUAAAUCUUCCAAUAAAUACCAAUGUGAUCCAAUUUGCUCAAAACCUUGUGCGAACGGUUUCUGCUCAGCGCCAAACACAUGCUCCUGCAACGAAGGAUAUAUUCUGGACAUUCAAGAUAAAUUUAAUUGUCUUCCAGAAUGUCCUGGAGGAUGCGAGAAUGGAAAGUGCGUGGCUCCUGGGGUUUGUACUUGCUUAGAAGAUUACACCCCUCAAAAUAACACCAACACAACGAAAUGUAUCCCAAUUUGUACUACAACUUGUACAAAUUCGAAAUGUACCGCUCCUGAAUAUUGCAUGUGCCAUCAAGGAUAUCAAUCGAAUCCUCCAAAUAAAUACAAAUGUGACCCAAUUUGCUCCAAACCUUGUAGAAACGGAAUUUGUACAGCUCCUGAAAUUUGCUCAUGCAACGUAGGAUAUUCACUUGAUGAUGUGGACAAGUUUAAUUGCGAACCUGUUUGUCCUCAAGGAUGCAAAAAUGGAAAAUGCAUAAAACCGAGCGUUUGCGUUUGCAGUAAAGGCUACGACGAUAUGUCUAAUUCGACCGGAAAUUGCCAACCGAUUUGUGAAAAAGGAUGUCUAAAUGGAGUGUGUACAAUGCCAAAUGUGUGCACAUGUAUUGAGGGUUAUGUGAAAAAUAGAAUAAAUAAUUCAAUAUGUGAAAUGGAUUGUUCCAAACUUUGUCGAAAUGGAAAUAAGGAUAACAAGGUGCACUGCCCAGAAAAUUGUAGAGCAGCUGAAACUAAUUUAGAAGUACCGCCUUUACUUACUUCAAGGUAACGCAUUUUUGUGAACUUCUGAUCUACUCAAAAUAGGAUUUCAGUUUUGUCUAAAGGUAAAAAUAUAUGUAUCAAAAUAACAAAAACUAACUAGGUACGUAAAAAGUGAAACUUUCUAUGAAUCAUUUUACAUAGAAACCUAGAACUGCGUUAUUUACAAAUUCCAAAACUGUUGGUACACAUUCCGACUACAGAAACCUUCCGUAUUAUCUUAUCAUUCUAAAAUCUU